AUGGAAGAAAUGAACGUUGAAGAACCAUUGACAUCCAAUGUAAGACCAGCUACUGACUCAUUACUCACCAUUCGUAUAAUAAAAUCAUUCCCUUAUAGAAAUGUGAAAAAUCAUAUCAUCCCAUCAAUCAACUUGAAAGAAACCACACCAAAACAAUUAUUUGAAAAGAUGGUGAAUAUUAUUAACACUACCGGAGGAUUAAGACCUUAUAGAAAUGUUGCUUAUGAUACUUUAAAGUUAUAUACUAAAGCCCAUGGAACCAAAUCCAUGAAUUUGGUCAUAAAUUUCGAUAAUGAUGAUGAAUUUAUUAUCUUAUCUCCAAAUAAAGACGACAAUAAAUCUUUGUGGGAUAUGGGAAUUGAAAACGAAACUGAGAUUAGUUUAUUUAAAUUAGAAGACUAUUUGGCUUAUAAAGAAAAUCCUGAAGAAAAGUGGUGA